GCACAUGUAAGGAGACAGGCAGAGGUGCACAGCUCUCAGACACUCCACAGAUCUGCACUGCUGCGUCCGUUGCUUCUGUUAAGUGUCUUUUUUGAUCCUUUAAAAUACACUCCUUUUGUCUUGGUGUGUUCGUCUCAAACUUAAAUGUCAACAUGGGACUUCUGACUGCAGCUCUACUGUUUUUGUUUUAUGAAAAUGUUUGUGCUGUUCAGUUCAUGGCUCCUCUGAACAUGGGCGGUGUAACGGGACAGGUGCAGUUUGACUCCGUGUCCCAGAUGGCCACCCUCAACAUCUCGGGUGCCGGCUCCUGCUCCUCUUUGAACUUGUCCCUCACUGAGUUUCCUGUCAUGUACGGAAACGUGGCUCAGCCCUGCUCUGAAAGCCACAUCGGCCGCAGAUUUUUCAACUUCUCCGCUGACGGACCAAAUUCCACCGUCAGUGUCUCCGAGCUGUUUUCCAACAGGUCACGCCUAGAUGACUAUUCACUGAUCAUACGCACUUGUGACGGCACUGAAGUCUGUGCUGUUGUUAUUGGAGAUCAGAAGCUCUUAACACGCCAGGCCAGGUUCACCGGUUCCAUCGCUGGAAAUGUUUAUUUACGCUAUACUCCCGAACUAACCAACCAGUGGCUUCUCAUGGAUCUGGUUAGAGUUGAUCUGUUUGGAGUUGAUCAGAUUGACACAAAUAAUGUUGUAAUUAGUGGCUCUUCAAGCACUGCAGCAAACUGUGAAGAAUUUCUUCAGAACAUAAAUUCUCCACCAUUAAACAAUCUCAGCAAAGUAGCUCUGUCUCCCACUAUGCGACCGCAAAAGGUUCGAUUAGAUUUGAACAACUCAAAUGAAAACACACGCUUUUUUGUCUUCUCAUAUGGAACAGUUUCCCAGUGUGCUCAAAUCGAUGAUCUACCAGGAAAACAGGUUAGCGCCAUGAUCAAUAUGAAAGGCAUAAAAGGGUAUUUUAAAUUCCAACAGGAUUCUCCCUUCAGUGUAACAGAGCUGACUGUCAAUUUGACCAACUUACAAAGCAAAGUUGGUCCGUACCAUGUUCAUCUAUUCCCCGUCCCCUCUCUUAGGAAUCCUCUUUCUAGCCUUUGUUCAAACGAUAAUAUAGGUGGACACUUUAACCCUUUUGGACUAAACACUACAGACCCAAAUUAUCCACAAGGCCCAGGGUCUACCCAUGACAGAUAUGAAAUAGGGGAUCUUGGUACAAAACACAUGUCUUUAGCAGGUUUAACUGAAUUUGAAGGCAUGUUUGAAGACUAUAACCUGCCUUUGUAUGGUCAGAACAGUAUUGUAGGUCGUUCUGUAGUUAUUCAUGAAUUAGAUGGGGCUAGAUACGUUUGUGCUAGUAUUAGCUAUCCCGGAGAGGUGGUGGUAGCUAAAGCCACAUUCUUAAGUCCCGUUGUUGGUGAAGUUUGGUUCACUCAACUUAAAAACCAUCAUCUGUCUGAUGUUUCAGUCUUUUUGGAUUUAAGUUAUGGAAAUCCAGCUACAGCGCCGACCCAAAAUCACAACUGGCAUGUCCACACCUAUCCUAUAAGUUCUGAACGGGACGAUAGUGUUGGACGAUGUACCACGACAGGGGGGCAUUGGAACCCUUAUGGAGUAGACACAGAGAACAUGAACUAUAGCAUGUUCUGCAGUUCUGAGAGUCCUUUUUCUUGUGAAGUUGGAGAUUUUACGGGCAAAUUUACCACACUCAACUUGAGUGUCAAUGUGGGCAGAGUGGAGGCAAAACACUUCUUCACCGACGUAACUUCAUGGGUGCCUGGUAUUGCUGGAAGAUCUAUAGUCAUUCACCAAGCAGAACGAGCUGGCCCGAGGAUAGCUUGUGCCAAUGUCACAACAGUUCGGACGUCCAACGCAAGUCUACGAACCUGGUACGGACCCGGGAUGUCAAACGGAGAUAUUCAGUUUACUCAGUCCCUCCCAUUAGGUCCCACGGAGGUCAAUGUGUCUCUGACCAAUUUAAAUUCACUGGCAGGAGGUUAUCAUGUUCAUAUACUACCCAUAAUAUCUGGACAAUCAAAUCCCUGCUCUGACGCAAAUAUUCGCGGACACUUCAACCCUCUGAAUUGGGACAUCCAGAACUCCCCUGCUCCUGGGGUGGGCACCUUGGAUCAGUAUGAAGUGGGCGAUUUAAGUGGGAAGUUCGGGAUGCUGACGGGGCUUAACGAGUUGCAGGACGUUUUCUCAGAUGCCAACCUGCCCCUCACAGGACCCUAUAGUAUUGUGGGGAGGUCUGUGGUGGUCCACUACACUAAUGGAUCAAGAAUGCGUUGUGCUAAUAUCAGAACAAAUACAGACACAGAGGGACAGUGGGCCAUGGCUAAGGCCGUUUUCAACACUUCUCUGAAUGGGACUGUGACGAUGCGUCAGCAAGUAUUCCCCGAUGGAAGCAGCAUGGAUACUACUGUUGAAGUGGCUUUCAAUAUAUCUAGUGGAGUGAACACUACAAAUGCUACACUGUACAUCAUGACCAAUCGAAUAGGUGAACGUGGGUGCAGUGAAAAUGGAGGAGUGUACAAUCCCUUCAACAUGACAAACAUGAGCUCUACUUGUUCAAAGGCGAAUCCGCUGAGCUGUGUCAUCGGUGAGUUUUCUUUGAGGCAAGACCCGCUCAAUCUGACCCAGAGGCAGGUCUACACUGACUCCAGGCUACCCCUCACUGGAGACUUCACUGUCGUCCAUCGAUCUCUAGCUAUAAUGUCUGGGGACACCAUAAUAGCUUGUGCAGACAUCCUGCCAGAGUCCCGUUCAGCAGAGCAGACCUUCCCUAGAGUAACAAACUUCAGCAGAUAUGACUUCAGAAGUAGAGUGGCUGAUGUUCUGCAACUACAAACAUCACGAGUCACUAUUUUGCCUGGCUCUCCUCAGUCUGCAGAUAAUGAAGAAUGCCAGAAAGUCAACUUCAUGGUAGCAGGUGAUGUUGACCCCGAGCUCCUGAACUCUGUCAAAACAAGUGAGAAGAUGGGCUUGUUUCAAGAGUCAGAUCAAUGCUUGAAAAAUGUUUCUACUGUUCAGUUCAUAGCUCCUCUGAACAUGGGCGGUGUAACGGGACAGGUGCAGUUUGACUCCGUGUCCCAGAUGGCCACCCUCAACAUCUCGGGUGCCGGCUCCUGCUCCUCUUUGAACUUGUCCCUCACUGAGUUUCCUGUCAUGUACGGAAACGUGGCUCAGCCCUGCUCUGAAAGCCACAUCGGCCGCAGAAUUUUCAACUUCUCCGCUGACGGACCGAAUUCCACCGUCAGUGUCUCCGAGCUGUUUUCCAACAGGUCACGCCUAGAUGACUAUUCACUGAUCAUACGCACUUGUGACGGCACUGAAGUCUGUGCUGUUGUUAUUGGCGAUCAGAAGCUCUUAACACGCCAGGCCAGGUUCACCGGUUCCAUCGCUGGAAAUGUUUAUUUACGCUAUACUCCCGAACUAACCAACCAGUGGCUUCUCAUGGAUCUGGUUAGAGUUGAUCUGUUUGGAGUUGAUCAGAUUGACACAAAUAAUGUUGUAAUUAGUGGCUCUUCAAGCACUGCAGCAAACUGUGAAGAAUUUCUUCAGAACAUAAAUUCUCCACCAUUAAACAAUCUCAGCAAAGUAGCUCUGUCUCCCACUAUGCGACCGCAAAAGGUUCGAUUAGAUUUGAACAACUCAAAUGAAAACACACGCUUUUUUGUCUUCUCAUAUGGAACAGUUUCCCAGUGUGCUCAAAUCGAUGAUCUACCAGGAAAACAGGUUAGCGCCAUGAUCAAUAUGAAAGGCAUAAAAGGGUAUUUUAAAUUCCAACAGGAUUCUCCCUUCAGUGUAACAGAGCUGACUGUCAAUUUGACCAACUUACAAAGCAAAGUUGGUCCGUACCAUGUUCAUCUAUUCCCCGUCCCCUCUCUUAGGAAUCCUCUUUCUAGCCUUUGUUCAAACGAUAAUAUAGGUGGACACUUUAACCCUUUUGGACUAAACAUUACAGACCCAAAUUAUCCACAAGGCCCAGGGUCUACCCAUGACAGAUAUGAAAUAGGGGAUCUUGGUACAAAACACAUGUCUUUAGCAGGUUUAACUGAAUUUGAAGGCAUGUUUGAAGACUAUAACCUGCCUUUGUAUGGUCAGAACAGUAUUGUAGGUCGUUCUGUAGUUAUUCAUGAAUUAGAUGGGGCUAGAUACGUUUGUGCUAGUAUUAGCUAUCCCGGAGAGGUGGUGGUAGCUAAAGCCACAUUCUUAAGUCCCGUUGUUGGUGAAGUUUGGUUCACUCAACUUAAAAACCAUCAUCUGUCUGAUGUUUCAGUCUUUUUGGAUUUAAGUUAUGGAAAUCCAGCUACAGCGCCGACCCAAAAUCACAACUGGCAUGUCCACACCUAUCCUAUAAGUUCUGAACGGGACGAUAGUGUUGGACGAUGUACCACGACAGGGGGGCAUUGGAACCCUUAUGGAGUAGACACAGAGAACAUGAACUAUAGCAUGUUCUGCAGUUCUGAGAGUCCUUUUUCUUGUGAAGUUGGAGAUUUUACGGGCAAAUUUACCACACUCAACUUGAGUGUCAAUGUGGGCAGAGUGGAGGCAAAACACUUCUUCACCGACGUAACUUCAUGGGUGCCUGGUAUUGCUGGAAGAUCUAUAGUCAUUCACCAAGCAGAACGAGCUGGCCCGAGGAUAGCUUGUGCCAAUGUCACAACGGUUCGGACGUCCAACGCAAGUCUACGAACCUGGUACGGACCCGGGAUGUCAAACGGAGAUAUUCAGUUUACUCAGUCCCUCCCAUUAGGUCCCACGGAGGUCAAUGUGUCUCUGACCAAUUUAAAUUCACUGGCAGGAGGUUAUCAUGUUCAUAUACUACCCAUAAUAUCUGGACAAUCAAAUCCCUGCUCUGACGCAAAUAUUCGCGGACACUUCAACCCUCUGAAUUGGGACAUCCAGAACUCCCCUGCUCCUGGGGUGGGCACCUUGGAUCAGUAUGAAGUGGGCGAUUUAAGUGGGAAGUUCGGGAUGCUGACGGGGCUUAACGAGUUGCAGGACGUUUUCUCAGAUGCCAACCUGCCCCUCACAGGACCCUAUAGUAUUGUGGGGAGGUCUGUGGUGGUCCACUACACUAAUGGAUCAAGAAUGCGUUGUGCUAAUAUCAGAACAAAUACAGACACAGAGGGACAGUGGGCCAUGGCUAAGGCCGUUUUCAACACUUCUCUGAAUGGGACUGUGACGAUGCGUCAGCAAGUAUUCCCCGAUGGAAGCAGCAUGGAUACUACUGUUGAAGUGGCUUUCAAUAUAUCUAGUGGAGUGAACACUACAAAUGCUACACUGUACAUCAUGACCAAUCGAAUAGGUGAACGUGGGUGCAGUGAAAAUGGAGGAGUGUACAAUCCCUUCAACAUGACAAACAUGAGCUCUACUUGUUCAAAGGCGAAUCCGCUGAGCUGUGUCAUCGGUGAGUUUUCUUUGAGGCAAGACCCGCUCAAUCUGACCCAGAGGCAGGUCUACACUGACUCCAGGCUACCCCUCACUGGAGACUUCACUGUCGUCCAUCGAUCUCUAGCUAUAAUGUCUGGGGACACCAUAAUAGCUUGUGCAGACAUCCUGCCAGAGUCCCGUUCAGCAGAGCAGACCUUCCCUAGAGUAACAAACUUCAGCAGAUAUGACUUCAGAAGUAGAGUGGCUGAUGUUCUGCAACUACAAACAUCACGAGUCACUAUUUUGCCUGGCUCUCCUCAGUCUGCAGAUAAUGAAGAAUGCCAGAAAGUCAACUUCAUGGUAGCAGGUGAUGUUGACCCCGAGCUCCUGAACUCUGUCAAAACAAGUGAGAAGAUGGGCUUGUUUCAAGAGUCAGAUCAAUGCUUGAAAAAUGUUUCUACUGUUCAGUUCAUAGCUCCUCUGAACAUGGGCGGUGUAACGGGACAGGUGCAGUUUGACUCCGUGUCCCAGAUGGCCACCCUCAACAUCUCGGGUGCCGGCUCCUGCUCCUCUUUGAACUUGUCCCUCACUGAGUUUCCUGUCAUGUACGGAAACGUGGCUCAGCCCUGCUCUGAAAGCCACAUCGGCCGCAGAAUUUUCAACUUCUCCGCUGACGGACCGAAUUCCACCGUCAGUGUCUCCGAGCUGUUUUCCAACAGGUCACGCCUAGAUGACUAUUCACUGAUCAUACGCACUUGUGACGGCACUGAAGUCUGUGCUGUUGUUAUUGGAGAUCAGAAGCUCUUAACACGCCAGGCCAGGUUCACCGGUUCCAUCGCUGGAAAUGUUUAUUUACGCUAUACUCCCGAACUAACCAACCAGUGGCUUCUCAUGGAUCUGGUUAGAGUUGAUCUGUUUGGAGUCGAUCAGAUUGACACAAAUAAUGUUGUAAUUAGUGGCUCUUCAAGCACUGCAGCAAACUGUGAAGAAUUUCUUGGGAACAUAAAUUCUCCACCAUUAAACAAUCUCAGCGAAGUAGCUCUCUCUCCCACUAUGCGACCGCAAAAGGUUCGAUUAGAUUUGAACAACUCAAAUGAAAACACACGCUUUUUUGUCUUCUCAUAUGGAACAGUUUCCCAGUGUGCUCAAAUCGAUGAUCUACCAGGAAAACAGGUUAGCGCCAUGAUCAAUAUGAAAGGCAUAAAAGGGUAUUUUAAAUUCCAACAGGAUUCUCCCUUCAGUGUAACAGAGCUGACUGUCAAUUUGACCAACUUACAAAGCAAAGUUGGUCCGUACCAUGUUCAUCUAUUCCCCGUCCCCUCUCUUAGGAAUCCUCUUUCUAGCCUUUGUUCAAACGAUAAUAUAGGUGGACACUUUAACCCUUUUGGACUAAACACUACAGACCCAAAUUAUCCACAAGGCCCAGGGUCUACCCAUGACAGAUAUGAAAUAGGGGAUCUUGGUACAAAACACAUGUCUUUAGCAGGUUUAACUGAAUUUGAAGGCAUGUUUGAAGACUAUAACCUGCCUUUGUAUGGUCAGAACAGUAUUGUAGGUCGUUCUGUAGUUAUUCAUGAAUUAGAUGGGGCUAGAUACGUUUGUGCUAGUAUUAGCUAUCCCGGAGAGGUGGUGGUAGCUAAAGCCACAUUCUUAAGUCCCGUUGUUGGUGAAGUUUGGUUCACUCAACUUAAAAACCAUCAUCUGUCUGAUGUUUCAGUCUUUUUGGAUUUAAGUUAUGGAAAUCCAGCUACAGCACCGACCCAAAAUCACAACUGGCAUGUCCACACCUAUCCUAUAAGUUCUGAACGGGACGAUAGUGUUGGACGAUGUACCACGACAGGGGGGCAUUGGAACCCUUAUGGAGUAGACACAGAGAACAUGAACUAUAGCAUGUUCUGCAGUUCUGAGAGUCCUUUUUCUUGUGAAGUUGGAGAUUUUACGGGCAAAUUUACCACACUCAACUUGAGUGUCAAUGUGGGCAGAGUGGAGGCAAAACACUUCUUCACCGACGUAACUUCAUGGGUGCCUGGUAUUGCUGGAAGAUCUAUAGUCAUUCACCAAGCAGAACGAGCUGGCCCGAGGAUAGCUUGUGCCAAUGUCACAACGGUUCGGACGUCCAACGCAAGUCUACGAACCUGGUACGGACCCGGGAUGUCAAACGGAGAUAUUCAGUUUACUCAGUCCCUCCCAUUAGGUCCCACGGAGGUCAAUGUGUCUCUGACCAAUUUAAAUUCACUGGCAGGAGGUUAUCAUGUUCAUAUACUACCCAUAAUAUCUGGACAAUCAAAUCCCUGCUCUGACGCAAAUAUUCGCGGACACUUCAACCCUCUGAAUUGGGACAUCCAGAACUCCCCUGCUCCUGGGGUGGGCACCUUGGAUCAGUAUGAAGUGGGCGAUUUAGGUGGGAAAUUCGGGAUGCUGACGGGGCUUAACGAGUUGCAGGACGUUUUCUCAGAUGCCAACCUGCCCCUCACAGGACCCUAUAGUAUUGUGGGGAGGUCUGUGGUGGUCCACUACACUAAUGGAUCAAGAAUGCGUUGUGCUAAUAUCAGAACAAAUACAGACACAGAGGGACAGUGGGCCAUGGCUAAGGCCGUUUUCAACACUUCUCUGAAUGGGACUGUGACGAUGCGCCAGCAAGUAUUCCCCGAUGGAAGCAGCAUGGAUACUACUGUUGAAGUGGCUUUCAAUAUAUCUAGUGGAGUGAACACUACAAAUCCAUCAAUGUACAUUAUGACCAAUCGAAUAGGUGAACGUGGGUGCAGUGAAAAUGGAGAAGUGUACAAUCCCUUCAACAUGACAAACAUGAGCUCUACUUGUUCAAAGGCGAAUCCGCUGAGCUGUGUCAUCGGUGAGUUUUCUUUGAGGCAAGACCCGCUCAAUCUGACCCAGAGGCAGGUCUACACUGACUCCAGGCUACCCCUCACUGGAGACUUCACUGUCGUCCAUCGAUCUCUAGCUAUAAUGUCUGGGGACACCAUAAUAGCUUGUGCAGACAUCCUACCAGAGUCCUCUUCAGCAGAGCAGACCUUCCCUAGAGUAACAAACUUCAGCAGAUAUGACUUCAGAAGUAGAGUGGCUGAUGUUCUGCAACUACAAACAUCACGAGUCACUAUUUUGCCUGGCUCUCCUCAGUCUGCAGAUAAUGAAGAAUGCCAGAAAGUCAACUUCAUGGUAGCAGGUGAUGUUGACCCCGAGCUCCUGAACUCUGUCAAAACAAGUGAGACGAUGGGCUUGUUUCGAGAGUCAGAUCAAUGCUUGAGAGCCGCCAGUUUGCUUCUACAGCCUGGGAAACUUCUUGUCUUCGUAGUUGCUGUUGUUCUGUUACUGUGAGAAUUUUAAAAAAGACACAGGCCUAUGCCUUAAUAAUGAUGAUUAUUUAUGUUGGUGAAUUGUUGAAAAUGUUGAAUUGAAAAAAAUCAAGGAAAAAACAAGCAACCACUGCUUGCAUGAUUGUUUACAUUGUAUUUUGUAUUUAAAUCGAUAAAUGUACUGUAGCUACAUUUUUGUUUUUCACUAAACUUGUCUGUGUGUUUUUAUUUUUUAUUUUAAAUCAGUUUACCAUGCACUGCCAAGGAUUCUUUAUGUCAAAUUCACUGUAAAUGUAUGUGAAUAAAGCAUAAUUAUAUUUCUA